CUGAACUCCAGCCUUCUCACAUCAAUGCCCCUCACUGACCUGCACCACAGGACAAAAGGAUCACACUGUGAGGGGAAGAAGAAAAAGGACACGGGUUUGAGAAAUAAAAAAAAAAGCAACAGAACUGAGUGCCCAACAUAAAGGUACAAAGGGAUCCUACAGGUUUUCUACAAUUCUGGACAUUCUGGGCACUUUCAGAAGACUACACCUGGAUUGUGUUUCAUGAACUAACUACAAAAGAAGCUCGACUUGACCCUGCAGUUGUGAAGGAUACAGAAGCAACUUGCAGAGAAUUUUUGCCUCUCUUUCAGAAUGCCAUAUUCUACUGUGCUUACGUUGCUGGAGGCCAUAAUUCUUAUUUGCGAUGCCUUGGCUGAAGGACAGAUUGACGAAGCAUCCCAAACCCUACAACUUCAUUCAGAGACAAACUUAACAAAUGCUUUUAUAGUGAAAGUACAAUGGCAACAUGUGGAAAAUCCAUACCUUGUAGUUAUUUGGAUACUUGUGGCUGGAGUGGCAAAGAUGUCUGUGGUCCAACUGAAUACCCGGCUUAAAAGCUUCUUUCCCGAGAGUGGACUUCUCAUCAUCUGCGGUUUCAUUCUGGGAGGGAUUGUCUGGGGUGCGGACAAGGCCCAGACCUUCAAACUCACACCAAGAAACUUUUUCUACUUCCUGCUACCACAGAUUAUCCUGGACACGGGAUACUUCAUGCCAAAUAAGCUUUUCUUUAGCAACCUAGGUGCCAUCCUCGUCCACGCUGUUAUUGGAACCGUCUGGAAUGCUGGGGCUGUGGGCGUGUCCCUCUGGGGCUGCUGGUUGGGAGGAGCCAUGGGUGAUCUCAACAUCGGACUGUUGCAGUUCCUGCUCUUCGGCAGCUUGCUGGCAGCUGUGGACCCUGUAGCUGUGAUUGCUGUGUUUGAGGAGGUGCACGUGAACGAGGUGCUCUUCAUCUGGGUUUUCGGAGAGUCGCUGCUCAAUGAUGGAGUCACUGUGGUGCUUUACAAUGUCUUUGAUGCCUUCGUGUCUCUGGGAGGGGAAAAAAUCAACGCAGGGGAGAUCAUCAAAGGCAUUGUCUCAUUUUUUGUAGUGUCCUUCGGAGGAUCAGCGAUUGGUGUCAUAUUUGCCAUCAUCAUCUCCCUGUUGACCAAGUACACAGGGAAGGUUCAAAUCAUUGAGGCUGGGUUCAUCUUCGUCCUGGGAUAUCUGUCCUACCUCACCGCUGAGAUGCUUUCACUCUCAGCCAUCCUUUCAGUUACUUUCUGUGGCGUGUGCUGUCAGAAAUAUGUGAACGCCAACAUGGAUGAAAAGUCUGUUACCGCUGUGCGCUAUGCUAUGAAGGUGUUCGCCAAUGGCUCAGAGACAAUGAUCUUUGUCUUUUUGGGUGUAACAGCCAUUGAUAGUGUAAUCUGGGUGUGGAACACUGGCUUCAUCUGUCUCACAAUACUCUUCGCUAUAAUCUACAGGUUCAUUGGAGUUUUCACCUUGACUUGGUUCCUAAACCAGUACAGGCUGGUUCCCAUAGAGGUGAUUGAUCAGCUGGUCAUGAGCUAUGGUGGUCUGCGUGGGGCUGUGGCUUAUGGUUUAGCAGCCUCGUUGGAUGAGACCAGAAUCCCAGAGAAGAACCUGAUAAUCAGUACAACACUGAUUGUGGUGUACUUCACUGUUGUGAUUCAGGGUCUCACUAUGAAGCCCAUUGUCAAAUGGCUCAAAGUAAAAAGAGUUGAGCCAACUGACCUCAAACUUAUUGAGAAAGUUAACAACAGGGCGUGUGAGCACGUUCUGGCAGCAAUGGAGGACAUCGUUGGACGCAUAGGAGAUAACUGGUGGACCCGAGGCUGGAAGCGUUUCGAGGACACCUACAUCACCUGGUUUUUGAUGAAGCCAGAAGCCAGAAAGAACAGAGAUUACCUUUUCAGCAUUUUUCACAAACUGAAUAUGGAGGAUGCCGUCAAUUAUGUUACUGAGGGAGAAAAGCGUGGAUCUCUAGGCUUCCUGCGCAGUGGUGAGGGUACUAAUGUGGAUUUCGAAAAGAAGCAUGGUAUGGAGUUUUCAGGAGUCAUGCCUGACAUCACCUCUGAGCUGGACUUCGGCAUCGACAACGUGCCAGUGACCUCCAUACGGAACCCUGUUCCCUCAGUGUCUCUGGACAUUCAUGAACAAGAUAUGAAGAGCAUGAGUGAGGACUUCAAUGCUCACCACCUACUGCAGCAGAAUCUGUACAGGAGCAGGAAAAAUCACCGUCACAAGUACAGCCGCAGUGACUUCACCAUCAACCAGAGCGAGGAUGAGGUGCAGGAGAUCUUUCAGAGGACCAUGAGAAACCGACUCGAAUCCUUCAAGUCUGCCAAGAUGGGCGUCACUCCUGUCAAGAAAAUCACAAAGCACCCAAAACCAAACCAUAAAAUGUCUAAUGUAAAAACGACAGAUAAAAGCUAUCCAUAUGGAGAUGAAGAUUUUGAGUUUUCAGAAGCAGACAGUGCCUACAGUGGUGAUGGUGCUGCUGCACGUGGCAGUCCUCCUGUGAGAGCCCCUCCAUAUUCAUUGGGAGGUGGCAUAGAGAACCCAGCAUUCAUGCCAGAGAUGGACACUCCUCCACCUCCCUGGCUAACAGAGGCUGAAACCAACACCGGUGUUGCACCUUCUCAGAGAGCACAGCGCCAGCUACCCUGGAGCCCCACCAACCUCCGCCGCCUCGCGCCUCUGAGGCUCAGCAACCGCUCCACAGACUCCUUUGUGAUGGCUGAUGUUGCUGCCGCUCCAGAUUCAUCUGAUGAAUCACCCAAAGAACCAUCCGAGGAAGAAAGGGAUGGUCAAAGGGAUGGUACCCAUAUGUAGACUCCAUAUUAUUUAAUAUUAUCUUGCCAAAACAUUUGAUCAGUUUGCUGUAUAUAUAAAUCUUUUGUCCAAGAGUUUGAGUUUUAAAUGUAUAAUAUCAGUUCCUUGAAACUCUGUUGUGUUUUAUUUUGUUCUGUCUUCAUCUCUUUGUGGUGGAGACAUUUAUAAAAGCACUUUAUCGCUCUGACAGCAGACCAGUCCUAGGGUCAGACAGUAAAUGGUUACAGUGAUAUUUUCUUGUGCACAUUUAAUGGAAGAAAAGGUCAUCUGUUGCAUUUAAUAUUAGAAAUAUUAUUUUGAGCUUUUGUUUUCUUCCAUAGCGUCUGUCAGCUGUGUGUCUUAUCACAACAUUCUUAUACACGCUUAUAGAUUUUCAAUAGUUAUUUAGAUACUAAAUAAUGUACCACCCCCAGCUGAAAUAGAGAUUUCUACCGAUUCUGCCUCUACUGAUUCUUUUUUACAUACUUGUGAGCUUGUGAGAAGUUCCAGUACCCCAAAGAGUAAAAUGUAGCAGUGCCAUAUGCUCACUCUGUGCUCCCUUAUUUUGAUUUUGAAAGCACUAUUUGCCAGAGGUCAAAGAUAUAUUGACACAAACAGACAGACUUAGAUGAGUUGAUUUGAUUUGAUUUGAUUUGAUUAUCUUAAACUACCCUACCCAUUAAUAUAUUCCUGGAUUAGCCUUAAAACACCUAUAAAUACAUACAGAAUAAACAGUGAAUAUUGUCAGGUUGCAUCAUCUUAUGCUGCUUCAGAUUCUUAGCCUCCUUAAGUGGUUUUAUUUGUUAUUGGUCAAUAGUGAACUAUUCUGUUUCUGUGUUCGCUUAUUUAUUGAUGCACAAUUCAAGUCGUUCAGACCCCUGUGCUCUUUAAAGGUGUGUUUUUAUGUGCUAAUGAAACAUGUCGGCUAACUGUGAUUUUCUGUGUUGAGGUUUAAUCUCAACAUGUUUAGGUCAUACUUUCUUCAGACGUGUUAGAAAAACAUUUGAUUCCAUAUGAGAAAAUAAUUUUACCGCAAAUCUAGAAAUAUGCUUUCGACACAUUUUACGAACCAUUAAAAUCUGAGUUUCGGGAAUGAAUAAAACCUUGUUUCUUGUGUAUGUAAAUGUUUGUUGUAUAGUAAAUAAAUGUAUUUAUUAAAACAUUUAGUGAAA